CGUAGAGGAGGAGGAGACACGUGCGAUGAAUUUUCUCCUUCCCUUCUCCUCUGCGACGAAAAGGUGAGUCCUUUUCGGCACAGAGGAGACCUUCGUGGCGUCCCUCGUUCGAUCUGGUUCAUUGGUUUUCUUAGGGUUUCCUUGCGCACCUUUCCUCCUUCUAGGGUUUGGAGUCUCAUCUCGUUGCUUCGGCUCUUCUGUGUUGCCAAUUUCUGCUCUCCCUCCGCAUCAAGGUCGCUUCAAUCAGCGGCUCCUGGCUUCCUUUCGCCGUAAAUCGCAUAGCAUCGCGCUUCUUUGCCGGGAUUCGACUCAGCUACCGAAUUUCUGAAGUGGGUAUCUUGGCAAAUGAGGUUUUGGCGGUGGAUUUCGGACGUGGUUGAGUAGACUUCGCCUUAUUUUGUCAGUUGGGUGGCUUAGAUUUUGGGAGAUGGACGACGGGGAGAUCGAUUUCUCCAACCAGGAUAUCUUUGCCGACCCACUUUCCGGUGGCACAUGCACUCUGGACAGUAGCAUGUUCGAGGAGUUCUUCAAGGAUACGCAUGCUUGCACCCACACCCACACCUGCAACCCUCCCGGGCCCGAUCACACCCACACCCACACCUGCUUUCAUGUCCACACCAAGAUCGUCCCGCCGGCAGAUGACGAGAAGACGAACACCACCGACGAGACUGCUGAGUCAGUCGAGAAGCCGCAGAAGAAAAGGCCUUCGGGCAACCGGGAGGCGGUCAGGAGGUACAGGGAGAAGAAGAAGGAUGAAGCCGCGAGGCUCAAACACGAGGUCACUGCUCUAAAGGCUCAGGUGCAGCAUUUAACACUGAUGCUGCAAGGAAAGGCUGCUCUUGAGGCGGAGAACGCUCGUUUGAAGUCUCUUCUGGUGGAUAUCAGAGGUCGGAUAGAAGGGGAGAUCGGUUCUUUUCCCUACCAGAAGCCCCGGAGCGACAAGGUGAUGGAUGGCGCCUCGACGGGAUUUUCCGGUGGGUAUAUUCUGAAUCCGUGUAAUUUGCAGUGUGGGGAUGACACUUCUUGCCUUGGCCCUGGAUUCGUGUCGAAGAAUGGUGGAGGAUGUGUCGCUCAGGAAAAUGGAAGCAGUGAGCAAAGAUUUGGGGUCUGCGGCGUUGGUACUAUGCAAUGUCAGAGCGUCGCUAAUGGAGCUGGUGUCGGAACAAAGGAGUUUGCUGGUUGCAGUUAUGGCAAUGUGAGUCCAACUGUGGUGCCUACCGCCGUGAACAAGAAGAAAAGAGCUCGUGGUGCUUCCGUGGAGGGUUGAAACUGCUGAGAUUGGGCUUCAUAGUUCUCUUCUUUCUUGUUAAUAACCUUCAAUAAGUUUGUGGUGGAUUUUGUUUGAUGAAAAGCUAGUGGGGACUUAUGGUGGCACCUUUUGCUCACAUAAUCACACUGGACGGAUUGGAUCCAUAAUCUGUGGACAAUGUCUGGCCUUCUUCUCUUCUUUCAUGCAAAUUGCGAGUUUCUUUAUGCUAUCAUAUGAAUUUGUCAUAUUUUGCUUCCAUUGUACUCUGUAUCGAUUACUUGUAUAAUGUAGAAACACUAGAUUUGGAAGUAAUCGCUUAUUUUUGUCGGACAAGUUUUUCUUCUUCGAUUAUGAGAUUUUGCAUUUGUGUUGUAA